ACCUGAAGUGCUCUGGAGCAAAGGGGAGUAUCCCGAUGUGGGGAGGAUAGCGAGAGCGGACAGGGGGCUGGAGAGAGGGAUAAAUAGCAGUAGAAGAGUGGAGGAAGAAGCACUGGCUGCUGCACCUGGGACUAUCUGCAUCCAUCAACAUCUAGCGCAGGAUUUAAAUCUUUUCUGGUGACUGCGCCAAAACGCGCGCUCAUUGGGUAUUUUCUCAGCCAACGCGUCCAACUUUUCUUUUUCUCCUCACCACGGGCUGCUCCUCGUUCGCUGGUUCGCACCCCAUCAAUUGGAUCUUGACUUGGACUCCUCCUGCUGUGAGCCGGAUCGGCUGUCGUUUCUGUAAUGGGGGCAGCGGCGGAGGUCGGGGGCUUCCUCAACGCAUUUGUGGACAGCUUUGGCCCCGCGGGCGCCGCUGCGGCUCCCGUUGGCUCUCAUUUCUUUCUCACCCCAGCCGGGGCGGUGGACUACAACUCGUUGACAGGACUGAUGAUGGGGGGACAUGGGCAGCAGCAGGAGAACCUGGUUUCGGCAGAAAGCCUGUCCCAUAGCCUGGCGGACCUCAGCCACCUGAAGGGGAUUCUGAGGCGCCGGCAGCUCUACUGCAGGACCGGCUUCCACCUGGAGAUCCGUCCCGACGGCACCGUGCAGGGCACCAGGAAGGACCACAGCAGAUUCGGUAUUUUGGAGUUCAUCAGUCUAGCUGUGGGACUGGUAAGCAUUAGAGGGGUGGACAGUAGCCUCUACCUUGCCAUGAACAGCAAAGGAGAACUAUAUGGAUCGGAGAAGCUGUCAGCAGAAUCCAUUUUUAGGGAGCAAUUUGAAGAAAACUGGUACAACACAUACUCAUCCAACAUCUACCGGCAUGGAGAAAAGGGUGCAUUUUACUUUGUUGCUUUGAACAAAGAUGGGACAUCUAGGGAUGGAACGAGGUCGAGACGACAUCAGAGGUUCACCCACUUCCUACCGAGGCCUGUAGACCCGGAGAGAGUACCGGAGCUAUACAGGGACAUACUGGGCCAGAGUUGAGACUGACGCUGCGUUAGCAUGAGCCGGUCAGAGCCAGAAAGGCAACCCAAGUGCAUCUAAUCCCAAACCCUUCUUGAGUGAGAUGGAAGAUCCUUUUGAUAUGGGGAUCACAAAAAGUGCACUGAAUAAACACUCCCCACCAGCGGCACGGAGGAAGGAAAGAGACCCUCUAUUAACCGGGGAGUUUGACUUAGUACCAGGGAUCUUCUGUGGAUGCUGACGAGGUCCCUUGACACACAUCUGGGCCCCUAAUAUUGCCCAUUUAUUGGCUCUGGAGGCUAAACAGGUGACUUUGGAUUUGUUUAAGUUCCCUUGCAAGUCCAAACAUGCAUGUUCAAGAGGAUAAAAGUGUGGCACCUAAUAAGUGAGAUUAACAGCUUGCUGCUAGUACAUUGCUUUUUACUGCUGUGGCUGAUGAGUCUUGUCAAUUACACUGUUUUAAGUAGUAUUCAAAACACUGUGGCUGCUAAGCAAAUGAUUGAUUAAAAAUGCUUAAUCCACUGGCUGGUUUACACUAAAAGGUAGCUUCAUGCACUGGAAAUCGGCCAUGUCUGUGUGGAGAAAUGUACCAGAGAGCUGGGGGAAGCUCCGUUGACGUUCAGACUUCUGAAACAUUUUUGGAAGGAUACUCCUUUGAAACGGCUCCAAAGACAGAGAGGCUGCUCAGAUCAUGUGACUUUUCAUGAGGAACAAGCAAAGAAGGGCAGAUCCAAUGGAGUUUCAUAAGGACUUCUUCUGUGGUGUCCUUCUACGGAAUACCGCGUGUUCUGUGGUGGACUCCAGAGACGCAUUCAAGGACCCAGUGAAGGAUUUCUCUUCCACUAACUGCGUGUCAAGCAACUAACGUUAGCAGAUGACCGUCAAAGACACCUUUACAAACCUGUUGACAGAUUGUAUUCUUAUUUAUACGUCUUUGUUUCCUAGGACAUACAUAUAUUUAUUUCAAAUAUUUAUUUAUUGUCAGAAUAUAUUUUUACAAGUAUGAGAUCAAAUAAAAAAAGAUAUCCAGAACAAGCCAU